UAGAUAGACCCUCCCGUAACUUCAGCGGAAGUAUACCGUCCGAUGACUUCUGCGACUGGGCGAGAGGGGAGAAGUUUGGUAAUUUAGCUAAGUUUCACGUUGCUAUUAAGAGAAGUAGCGUUACCAAAGAAAAGGGAUUUAACGCAGUUUCGUGGGCACAAACCUAAUGUUUGAAAUACAUAGGAGUAUUAGUUUUUGGUUUACGACUUAGUUGUAAAUUAGAAUAUCUGUAUAAGUCAUUGAAGUUGAAUUACUCCAACCUGAGACGGAGCUCAGCCUUGCGCUGUGACUCUAUGUGGAUUUUACAGAAAAUAUGGGUCAAUUCCCCGGUAUCUCUACGGGCAAAGUUGUUUUCCUUCUAAUUUGCUACAUCCAGUUGUCAUUCGCGCUGCAGUGUGUGGAUUCCACCAAGCCAUGUGUGAACAACGCCACCUGCCACAGGUUCAGCAACGCCACCGGAUACUGCAGGUGUAACCCUGGCUACUUGGGUGAGUACUGCCAGCACAAGGACCCAUGCCACCCUGGCUUCUGCAAGAAUGGCGGUAACUGCACCGUUAGCGUGCACGGCGUGCCCGGGAGCCCCACAUGCUCGUGCCCGCUGGGCUUCGCCGGGCAGUUCUGCCAGACGCCCCAGAACACCACCUGCUACCCCAAGAACCCUUGCAAGAACCAGGGCACCUGCAGUCUGCUGGCACUGGACAAGUACAAGUGCCAAUGUGCCCACGGCUGGACAGGCCAUGACUGUGAGCAGGUGGACAGCUGUGUCUCCAACCCGUGUGCCAACGGUGGCGCCUGUGCGGUCCAGUCCAGCGGCGCGUACUCGUGCACGUGCCUGCCCGGCUGGGAGGGCUCACACUGCCAGAACGACACAGACGAGUGCCACGCCGCCGCUGCCUCCUCGACGCCGGUCUGCCUUAACAAAGGCCAGUGCAUCAACACGCUGGGCUCCUACCAGUGCAGCUGCCCACAGGGCUUCACCGGCCGCCACUGCGAGACCCCCUACCAGCCCUGCUCACCGUCACCGUGCCUCGCCGGGGGAACCUGCCGCUCACUUUUAGACAUCAGUUAUCAAUGCGUCUGCCUACCAGGAUUCAAUGGAACAAACUGUGAGAUCAACAUCGAUGACUGCCCCUCCCACGAAUGCCAGAACGGCGGAACCUGUAUGGAUGGAGUCAACACCUACAACUGCCAGUGUCCACCUGAAUGGACAGGUCAGUACUGCACGGACGACGUGGACGAGUGCCACCUGCAGCCCAAUACCUGCCAGAAUGGCGGCACGUGCAACAACGUGCCGGGCGGCUACAACUGCGUGUGCGUGAACGGCUGGAGCGGCCUGGACUGCUCGGAGAACAUCGACGACUGCGCCACGGCCGCCUGCAGCGAGGGCUCCACCUGCGUGGACCGCGUGGCCUCCUUCAUCUGCCAGUGCCCCUACGGGAAGACAGGCUUGCUGUGCCACAUAGCCGACGCCUGCAUGAGCAACCCCUGUCGGGGGGGCUCGCAGUGUGACACCAACCCCAUCAACGGCAUGUACAACUGCAACUGCCAGUCGGGAUACAGGGGCAGCACCUGCUACGAGGACAUCGAUGAGUGCAGCAUCGGUGCGAACCCUUGCGAGCACAACGGCCUGUGUAUGAACACAGAGGGCUCGUUCACCUGUAACUGCCUCCAGGGAUACAUGGGGCCGCGCUGCGAGCAGGACGUCAACGAGUGCCUGUCCAAUCCCUGCAAGAAUGAUGCCACCUGCCUGGACCAGAUUGGAAAAUACACCUGCAUCUGCAUGCCAGGCUUCGAGGGGGAACACUGUGAAUAUGACAUCGACGAGUGCAACAGCUCUCCUUGCCUGAACAGCGGAAAGUGCAAAGACGAAGUCAGCCGCUUUGUCUGUGAAUGUCCACAAGGCUUCACCGGUGAGACGUGUCAGGUUGACAUUGACGAGUGUGCCAGCACCCCCUGCCUCAAUGGUGCCAAGUGUUGGGACCGGCCCAACGGCUACGACUGUGAAUGUGCCGAAGGAUACUCUGGGCCUUUGUGCGCGGAAAACAUCGACGACUGCAACCCCAAGCCCUGCCACCACGGCAUCUGCAAAGACGGCAUCGCCAGCUACAGGUGCGAGUGUGACCCGGGCUACACGGGUGCCAUAUGCAACGUCCAAAUCCAGGAGUGCCACAGCAGCCCCUGCCAGAAUGGAGGCCGGUGUGUCGACUUGGUCAACCAGUACCAGUGCGUCUGCCCGACAGGCACCUCUGGUGACAACUGUGAAAACAACUACAACGACUGCGCCAGUAACCCCUGUGUGUAUGGAGAGUGUCAAGAUGGAAUUAACGAAUACUCGUGUAUCUGUGAUCCAGGUUACACAGGGAAGAAGUGCGAUGUGAACAUUGACGAGUGCAGCUCCAACCCUUGCCUCAGCGGGGGCACAUGCGAGGACAAGGUGAAUGGCUUCCAGUGCUUCUGCCCGCUUGGCACCCACGGUCCCCUGUGCCACUCCGGGGCGGACCACUGCGCCCCGCAGCCCUGCGUCCAUGGAGAGUGUGUGGAGCAACAGGACGGGUACAGAUGCGAGUGCAAACCUGGCUGGAUGGGGAAACACUGCGAACAGGACAAAGACGAGUGCCAGUCUAACCCCUGCCAGAACGGAGCCAUCUGCACCGACGGGCCAAACACCUACAACUGCAGAUGCAACCCUGGCUACACAGGUAUGAACUGCCAGAUCAACGUGGACGAGUGCGAAUCCAGUCCCUGCCUCAACCAGGGCAACUGCGUGGACUCUGUCAACGGCUACACCUGCGACUGCCCACUGCCCUACACAGGUGAACACUGUGAGACAGAGUUGGCUCCCUGUGAGUCGAUGCCCUGCCAGAGAGGGGGAGAGUGCCAGCCCUCCCUCGACUACACCUCCUACACCUGCCGAUGUCCCAAAGAAUGGCAAGGUCCCCAGUGCACAGAGGAUGUGGACGAGUGCCGUAAGAAUCCAUGUCAGAACCGCGGCCGCUGCCAGAACACUCCCGGCAACUACGUGUGCAAGUGCCAGCCUGGCUACGGUGGCCUCAACUGCCAGAAAAACAUUGACGAUUGCAGUCCCAAUCCCUGCCUGAAUGGAGGCACCUGCGUUGACAAAGUGGGACGCUACUCAUGCGAUUGCCUGUCCGGUUUUAUUGGUGACCGUUGCGAGGAGGAGGUGGACGAGUGUUCCAGCUCCCCGUGUCGUCAUGGCGGCAAGUGCAAGGACCACGUCGAUAGCUACGUGUGUGAGUGCCAGAUGGGCUUCCACGGCCAGAACUGUGAGCACAGCAUCCCACAGUGCUCUGAGAGCUCCUGCCUGAAUAACGGCACCUGUGUGGACGGGGUCAACUCCUACAAGUGCCACUGCCGGUCGGGCUUCAAUGGUCACUACUGCGAGAAGGAGAUCAACGAGUGCGAGAGCCUGCCCUGCAAAAAUGGCGGCACCUGCACCGACCGACUGGGCGAAUACCGCUGCACCUGCCCCGUGGAGUUCACCGGCACCAACUGCCAGUUCAUGGCCGAGCUGUGCGGCCAGAUCGUGUGCCAGCACGGCGGGAUGUGCUCCCAGACGGGGACGACGUGGCGCUGCAGCUGUUCUGAGGGCUGGUCGGGGGUCUACUGCGACGUGCCCAACAUCUCGUGCCAGGCCAUCGCUGCCCAGAGAGGAACCUCGGUGGAUAAGGUGUGCCAGCAUGCCGGGCGCUGCGAGGACACGGGCAAGACGCACCUCUGCCACUGCCAGGAGGGCUACAUCGGCAGCUACUGCGAGAAAGAGGUGGACGAGUGCCUGUCCAACCCCUGCCGCAAUGGCGCCACCUGCAGCGACUACCAGGGUGCUUACACGUGUGGGUGCAAAGAUGGCUUCCAGGGAGUGCACUGUGAGUACGAUGUGAACGAGUGCCAGUCACACCCCUGCCACAAUGGGGGCACCUGCCACAACCUGGUCAACCACUUCAUAUGCUCCUGCCCACCGGGCACACGAGGAACGCAGUGUGAGGAGAACCUGGACGACUGUGCCUCAGACAAAGGCCCGCGCUGCAAGAACAACGGCCAGUGUGUGGACGGCAUCGGGCGCUACACGUGCUCGUGCCCGCCGGGCUUCACCGGGGAGCACUGCGAAGGCGACAUCAACGAGUGCCUGUCCCGGCCGUGCCACGCGCCCGGGAGCCUCGACUGCGUGCAGCUGGCUAAUGACUACCAGUGCCGCUGCCGCCUGGGCUACACAGGUCGGCACUGUGAGUCUGUGGUGGACCUGUGUCAGUCCAAACCAUGCCACAACCACGGCGUGUGCUCUAUGAACAUGAGCUCUGGCCACGGCUACACCUGUGCCUGUCAACCAGGCUUCAGUGGCUUCAACUGUGGUGAAUUUGAGGGCUACAGCUGUGCCAACCUGCGUUGCCAGAAUGGCGGCACAUGCCAGGGGUCCGGCGGCAACCCCCAGUGCCACUGCCCGCCUGGCUUUGGUGGCGGACGCUGCGAGAUCGUCCAGAACUGCCCCUGCCACAACGGCGGUUUGUGCGUGCCUGACCCGCAGAACCGCCAUCAGGUGACCUGCCGCUGCCCGCCGCCCUUCCAGGGCAGGCACUGCGAGAGGCUGGCCAGCCUGCCCACCCCAUCAGCCAGGCCCUCCUGCCCCUACGUGCAGUGUGAGCAGACGGCCGGGGACGGCGUGUGCGACCCGCAGUGCAAGAACCAGGAGUGCUCAUGGGACGGAGGCGACUGCUCACUGCACUGGCCCAAGCCCUGGGAGAAUUGCACGGCGAACGUCCACUGCUGGGACCUCUUUGGCAACGAGCGCUGCGACCCUGAGUGCGACAACGCAGGCUGCCUCUUUGACAACUUUGAGUGCCAGGGCACCUCGCCCUCACCUAGCCCGUGCAAGUACGACAAAUACUGCGCGGACCACUACGCCAACGGCCACUGCAACCAGGGAUGCAAUACAGAGGCGUGCGGCUGGGAUGGGCUGGACUGCUCGGGCGACGUCCCGGCCAAGAUGGCGGACGGCGCGCUGGUGAUCGUGGUGCUACUGCAGCCCAACGAGCUCAAGCGCGACCUGAAGGGCUUCCUGCGCACGCUCAGCACCUUGCUCCGCACCAACAUACGUGUCAGGAUGGACGACCAGGAGAACCCCAUGAUCUUCCCCUACUACGGCGACGAUAAGGACGAUGGCGGCGGCGGGGAAGCCACCAUGAAGCGGCGGGGCAAGAGGGAGGUGAAGAAGGAUGCCAUCGGCUCUAAGGUGUACCUGGAGAUCGACAACCGCCAGUGCGCGCUGAACUCCAAAGAGUGCUUCUCCAGCACGGACCUGGCCGCGUCCUUCAUCGCAGCGGAGUACCUGAAGUCCGGCCUGCCAUACCCCAUCUACUCCGUCAGCAGUGAUCACACACCGUCGGCCCACCCGCCGCAGUGGCUGUACCUGUGCGCGGUGGCCGCGGCCAUCAUCCUGGUGAUCCUGGUGCUGGGCGUCCUGGCGGCCAAGAGGAAGCGCAAGCACGGCAUCCUGUGGCUCCCCGACGGCUUCCUGCCCAAGAACAACAGCAAGCGGCGCGAGCCCGUGGGCCAGGACGACUUCAGCCUCAAGAACAUGCAGAAACCACAGGAUGGAGUCCUGAUGGACCAGAGUCAGCGCUGGCCAGAGGAGGAGCAUCCACCCAAAAAGCCCAGGAUGACUGCUCCUCAGAUGGAGGACAAGCCCUUGUUGCCCAUGGACAACGCUGUGGACAGGCGAGAGUGGACGCUGCAGCACCGCAAGGCCGCGGACAUCACCCUCACACCCCCACAGGCCGACCUGGAUAUGGACCUGGGCCUGGACGUCAAUGUUAAAGGACCAGACGGCUUCACCCCUCUGAUGCUGGCAUCGUUACGCACCAGCGGUAUGGAAUGCAACAGCGUCCUGGACGAGGAGGAGGAGAGCGGCGCCGACGAAACCCUCGGCUCUAACGCCAUCAGCGACCUGAUCACUCAGGGCGCCACGCUCAUGGCGCAGACGGACCGCACCGGAGAGACAGCGCUGCACCUGGCUGCUCGAUAUGCCCGGGCCGAUGCCGCCAAGAGGCUGCUGGACGCCGGCGCCGACCCCAAUGCCCACGACAACAUGGGCCGCACACCGCUGCAUGCCGCUGUGGCAGCUGAUGCACAGGGAGUCUUCCAGAUCCUGAUCCGUAACCGUGCAACUGAGCUUGAUGCCCGCAUGAACGAUGGCACCACGCCCCUCAUCCUGGCAGCGCGCCUUGCCGUGGAGGGCAUGGUAGAGGAACUGGUGCACUGCCACGCUGACGUCAACGCCGUGGACGAUCAUGGCAAGUCUGCUCUGCACUGGGCAGCCGCAGUCAACAACGUGGAGGCUGUUCUGGUGUUGCUGAAGAAUGGAGCCAACCGAGACAUGCAGGACAACAAGGAGGAGACUCCUCUGUUCCUGGCGGCACGGGAGGGCAGCUUUGAGGCGGCCCAGGUGCUGCUGGACCACUACUCCAACCGCGACAUCACCGACCACCUGGACCGGCUACCGCGCGACACAGCCCAGGAGCGCAUGCACCACGACAUUGUGCGCCUGCUGGACCAGUACAACCUGGUGCACAGCCCCCACGCUGGCCCCGCUCACCUGGGCGGCGGUAACGGGGGAGGCCACUCCUCCAUGGUGUGCGGGGGCGCCGGCGGCUUCAUGGGCAUGCGGCCCGGCCCACAGGGCAAGAAGAACCGACGGGGAGCGGGCGCCAAGGUGGCUGGGGCUGGUGGAGGACCAGGGGGCGGACCCAAAGAGCUGAAAGACAUGAAGGCCAAGCGCAGGAAGAAGCCGGCAGGAGGGGAGGGGCCCGCUGGAGGGGCAUCUGUACCCGUAGGAGGAGGAGUCGGGGGUAACGCUGCCGCCGCCGCUGCCGCUGCCGCCGGCAAUGCCAAAGGCCCCGGUCUGUCGGAGAGCUCUGUGACCAUGUCGCCCGUGGACUCGUUGGAGUCGCCGCACUCGUACGCCGGAGACGCGGCCGCGGCGUCUGGAGCUGCCACGUCGCCGCCGAUGAUGAGCAGUCCCACGUCCCGUCAGCUGCUGCCCCCCGUCAGCCACAUGCUGCCCGGCCAGCAGCAGGGCUGGGUGGGCCUGGCCAAGCAAUGUGGCUACGGCGGGGGGCCCAUGUUCGGCACCAUGCCCCACCAGAUGGGCGCCUCGCACCACGGCCUGUCCCAGCACCACAGCCCGGGCAUGCUCACGCCCAUGAAUAUCACCAUGAGCCGCGAGCAGCUGCCGCCCAUCGUCACCUUCCAGAUGAUGCCGGGCGGAGGCCAGGCCCUGCUGAAGCAGCCCCAGAUGCAAGGGCAGAUGCAGGGCCAGGGUCAGAGCCACCCCCAGCAGGGCUCGGCCCGCCUGCACUGCACCCAGAUGUACCCGAUGCCUGACGCGGGGCUGUCGCACAACAUGGCCCACAACAUGUCCCACCCCCACUCGCACAACCACUCGAUGGCCAUGGGCAUGGUGGAGGGGCAGGGCCGCCAGCUGCCCCCGUACCAGCCGCUGCAGAGCCCCGUUGAUAAGUAUCCCACGCCGCCCUCGCAGCACAGCUACGCCACCACCGGCUCCGAGGGCACCACGCCCGGGCACCCUACGCAGCCCCCCAGCGAGCACCCCUACCUCACCCCGUCGCCCGAGUCCCCCGACCCCUGGUCCUCGUCCUCGCCCCACUCCAACUCGGACUGGUCGGAUGUCACCACCAGCCCCACGCCGCUGGGGAACGCGCACGCGCUGGUCCCAGCCUGCCACACACACAUUCCAGAGCAAGGGCAGCUGCAGCCGCCUGCGCAGCCGCAGACACCACAGGCCCAGCAGCCACAGCGCAGCAGCAUCUACGCCUGAGACUCCAGACUGCUCGCUGGUGGAAACUACAGUGUUUUCGAUCGUUUUUAUUAAAGAAAAAUUCCUUGUCUUAAUCUUAUAUCCACUAGUUACUGCCUUUCCCAUGUCUAUUUUUUUCAGUGCUUUUUUUUUUUGCUAUGCACUUCAGUAUUGGUAGUGUGUGUGUAUGUGUGUGUGUAUAUAUAGUUACUGAGUCUCUUUUAAUACUGCCUCAAUGUGCCCAAGUAAAACAUUUAAAAUGUAUUUAGUACACCAGGUAGGAUUACAAUGUGUCAUCAGUUCAGUCAGGUCCAACACAUACAGGCCUGCAGGACAGCAGAAACAAUCAUGGCAAAAAGGAGUGAAGAUUGAUAACGGCUGAAAACGACGGCUGGACGAAUUAGGCUUGGAAAUGUACACACCGUGACCACGAUCAGAAGGAGAUUGUGUCAUCUAAGGACAGUGAUAUAUCUGUGGCUGCCAAAACAAGGGACGCUUUCUACUGGCCUUGGCGGGCUGUAUUUUUAUUCUUUUUAAACUUGUGCUUUAUACAUUUUGAAGGAUAUUUGGUGAACAAAAGCUUUUCUUUCAUCUUCGUUUUUGUAACGUCUAAGUCAAAUGUGCUAGUGCUUAUUUGUGUACUCUGUCUUUGUUAAUUUAAUGAUUUUAUGUCUCUUUUUUUGUAUGAUGGGUCAACCUGCUUUUGGAGAGCUGUUAUCUUGAAGCUUAAACUGCCUUCUCAACAGAUAGAAUCUGUAUGGUGAUAUGUGGUUUGGUCAAGGGUGAAAUGAGAUUAAGCUCAAAAGAGCGUCCACGAGGAAGAGUGCACACAAAAACUGCAGCAUACAGGCACAGCUGUUGAAGGUGUGGUUCUAAGCUUAACUGUGGUGUAAAUAGGUUGAACUUCAUGUUUCCUGUAUUUUAUAUGUACACACACACACACACACACACGUAUAUAUGUGUUUGUGUGUGUGUGUGUGUGUGUGUGUGUGUUAUAUCACUCAAAAUGUUCUGGCAUCUCUGUUACUGUGUAUCUGUGUAGGCUGCAUGUUAGAAAAAUGGUCAUGGUCACCAGGACCUUAAUACGAGUCCUGAUGGAGAAAUGAGUAUCUUGUUUUGGCAGUGGUAAUGCAUCAUGGGAUUUGUUAUGGUGAAUUGCUUAGUUAUUUGAGAUUUUGCAAUUGGCUUCUGAGUAUUUUAACAAGGUGGUCGGGGAAAUAGCUUAAGAGAACUAAGUAGUGGCAAACAUGGUGCAGGUGUGAGUUGAGGGGUUUCUCUGGAGGCAGUGCUGAAAUGUAAGUCAUGACAACUGGAAGAAAUGGUAGCCAUCUUAGUAUUGUCCCACAAGAGAGUCUAUGCCAAAGGCACCGUGCCUUCUUACGAACACCAUUAUUGUAAUUACUGUUACUGUUCAUGUAUACUAUCUCUUUAUUUUCUUAAUUUCUGAAAUCGUGGUUGUUCUCCCAAAUCAUUAAGUCUUCUCUCUGUUCAUCCACUAUAGUGUGCACCUAUUUUACACACUUUCGAUUUUUUUUGAAGAUAUUGUUCUUAAAGAUUUAGUUGUACUACGGGGAGUUCUACACUCUUCGUGGUGUAUCCUUUUCGGAGUUUGUCCUUGUUACACUGUACAAUCAGUUUUUCUUCUUUGCACAGCACAGCACACCAGCAACCUGUAGACCAAAUGGGCAUAACAACCAAAAUCCUGUCAAUACAAACCCAGAAAAAGUGAUUGUAGUUGCUACAAGUAUUUUGUGUUUUCUCUUGUGGGUCAACGUUGAUUUGAAUGAACUGUGUAAUGUUCUGUGUUUUUUUUUUUUUUUUUUUUUACAAACGAGAGGGUCAGUGUUAAUAUUUCUACCCAAAGCUAACACACAAACACAUAUUUGUCAAGGCAGACUCAUCACCAUAGAGUAAAUGCAUACAUACGGUACACAGGGAACAGUCUUAACUCUGCCUGCCCCGCUUAGGAGAGGACAGCAGAGCAAAACAAUGGGUAAAAAAAAGAUAGCAUUACAUUUUUAGUCUUAUCGUUUAUACAUGGCAUAUUUCUGCCACAGUUUGCUUUCAGUAGGUCAAAUCAUAUAGCUUGAAAGGCAUGUGUGUAAACGAAACUCAACUAACGCCUACACAUCCUCUCUAUGGCACUUAUGCUUGGUUGCUUUAAUGGUGUCAAAAUGUGCUGACUUUUAUCUCUGUGUGCCUUUAGGACUCCUGGUCCUCCAAUCCCAAUCCCCAGCAGGGCUCAAAGAGCAUGGUGUUUUCACUUAAAUAUUAUGCAAGGCUUUUGUUUUUUUCAUGCUGUAAAUAAACUUUUUAAAGAUGUUCAGUGAACCUUGUACCUGUUAACCAAAUAUAUUCGGUAUAUAUAUAAAGCUAUAUAAAUGUGUAUGUCUUAUAUGAAGUAGAUCUCUCUCGUUUGUUCAACAGUCUAUGAACCUUGUGAAUGAUGAACAAGUCCAAAGUAACCAAGCAAGGAAAUGAUUCGUUUAUGUCUGAAUCAACCAAUAAAGUUGUUAGGAUCUA